GGACCGACCAUGUCUGUGGUGGGACUGGACGUGGGCUCGCAGAGCUGCUACGUCGCUGUGGCCCGGGCCGGGGGCAUCGAGACCAUCGCCAACGAGUUCAGCGACCGCUGCACUCCGUCAGUCAUUUCGUUUGGACCGAAAAACAGGACAAUUGGAGUUGCAGCUAAAAAUCAGCAAAUCACUCAUGCAAACAAUACAGUGUUCAACUUUAAGAGGUUCCAUGGCCGGGCGUUCAAUGACCCCUUCAUACAGAGGGAGAAGGAGAACUUGAGCUAUGAUCUGGUUCCGAUGAAAAAUGGUGGCGUUGGAAUAAAGGUGAUGUACAUGGAUGAGGGACAUCUGUUUAGCGUGGAGCAGAUCACGGCCAUGUUGUUGACCAAGUUAAAGGAAACUGCUGAAAACAAUCUCAAGAAACCAGUCACGGACUGUGUCAUCUCAGUCCCCUCCUUCUUCACAGAUGCCGAGAGGCGAUCUGUGCUGGACGCAGCGCAGAUCGUAGGCCUGAACUGCUUGCGGCUGAUGAAUGACAUGACUGCAGUUGCUUUGAAUUACGGAAUUUAUAAGCAAGACCUUCCAGGUCUGGACGAGAAACCUCGGGUUGUGGUUUUUGUUGACAUGGGACACUCGGCGUUUCAGGUGUCUGCCUGUGCCUUUAACAAGGGGAAGUUGAAGGUCUUGGGAACAGCCUUUGAUCCUUUCUUAGGAGGAAAAAACUUUGACGAAAAGUUAGUGGAACAUUUCUGUGCUGAGUUUAAAGCCAAGUACAAGUUGGACGCGAAGUCCAGGAUCCGGGCGCUGCUCCGCCUGAGCCAGGAGUGCGAGAAGCUGAGGAAGCUCAUGAGUUCCAUCGGCACGGACCUGCCGCUGAGCAUCGAGUGCUUCAUGGACGACAGGGACGUGUCGGCCAAGAUGAACAGGUCGCAAUUUGAAGAGCUUUGUGCCGACCUCCUGCAAAAGAUAGAGGCGCCCCUUCGCACGCUGAUGGAGCAGACGCAGCUGAAGGGGGAGGACGUGAGUGCCGUGGAGAUAGUGGGAGGUGCCACGCGGAUCCCAGCCGUGAAGGAGGCGAUUGGCAGGUUUUUCGGGAAGGACGUGAGCACGACGCUCAAUGCCGACGAGGCAGUGGCCCGGGGCUGUGCACUGCAGUGUGCUAUCCUUUCCCCGGCUUUCAAGGUUAGAGAAUUUUCCGUCACUGAUGCAGUUCCUUUUCCAAUAUCUCUGGUCUGGAACCAUGACUCAGAGGACACAGAAGGCGCACAUGAGGUGUUUAGCCGAAACCAUCCUGCCCCUUUCUCCAAAGUCCUCACCUUCUUCCGAAGAGGACCUUUCGAGCUGGAAGCUUUCUACUCGGAUCCUCAAGGAGUCCCAUAUCCAGAGGCAAAAAUCGGGCGCUUUGUGGUUCAGAACGUCUCUGCGCAGAAAGACGGAGAAAAGUCUAAGGUCAAGGUCAAGGUGCGUGUCAACACCCACGGCAUCUUCACCAUCUCAACGGCGUCGAUGGUGGAGAAGGUCCCCACCGAGGAGAGUGACAUGUGCUCUGGUGAGGCAGACACGGAGUGCCCGAAUCAGCGGCCCCCAGGCAACCCGGACAGCGAGAAAAACAUCCAGCCCGAGAGCGGUGACGCUGGAACACAGCCCCAGGUACAAACUGAUGGCCACCAAACCUCCCAGUCUCCCCCUCCACCUGAACUUACCUCAGAAGAAAACAAAAUCCCUGAUGCUGACAAAGCAAAUGAGAAGAAAGUUGACCAGCCUCCCGAAGCUAAAAAACCUAAAAUUAAGGUGGUGAACGUUGAGCUGCCCAUUGAAGCCAACUUGGUGUGGCAGUUAGGGAAGGACCUCCUUAACAUGUACAUUGAGACGGAGGGUAAGAUGAUCAUGCAGGACAAGCUGGAAAAGGAGAGGAACGACGCCAAGAACGCGGUGGAGGAGUGCGUGUACGAGUUCAGGGACAGGCUCUGCGGGCCGUACGCGGGCUUCCUCCGCCAGCAGGACCAUCAGAGUUUCCUGAGACUCCUCACCGAGACUGAAGACUGGCUGUAUGAAGAAGGAGAAGACCAGUCGAAACAAGCCUAUGUGGACAAGUUGGAAGAAUUAAUGAAAAUCGGCACUCCAGUUAAACUCCGGUUCCAAGAAGCUGAAGAACGGCCCAAAGUAUUUGAAGAACUAGGACAGCGGCUGCAGCACUACGCCAAGAUGGCGGCCGACUUCCGGAGCAAGGAUGAGAAGUACAACCAUAUCGAUGAGUCUGAAAUGAGGAAGGUCGAGAAGUCAGUCAACGAGGUGAUGGAGUGGAUGAACGAUGUCAUGAACGCUCAGGCUAAACAGAGUCUUGAUCAGGACCCCGUCGUACGCGUUCAAGAGAUUAAAGCGAAGAUACAGGAAUUGAACAAUACCUGUGAGCCCGUCGUCACCCAGCCCAAACCGAAAAUCGAAUCGCCCAAACUGGAAAGGACGCCUAACGGCCCCAGUGCAGAAAACAAGGACGAGGAUGUGGAAAGCAAGAAUAGCUUUGGCGCUGACCCUCCACAUCAGAACGGUGACUGUUAUGCCAACGAGAAGACAUCCGUCAACAUGGACUUGGACUAG